AUGACCCACCCUUCCUCGUCGUCGUCCUCCGCCCCGCCGCCGCCACCGCCACCGCCCGCGGCGGCGGCGGGGGCGGCCGAGGCCACCUCCCUCGCGCCGGGCUUCCGCUUCCACCCCACCGACGAGGAGCUCGUCUCCUACUACCUCAAGCGCAAGGUCCUGGGCCGCCCGCUCAAGGUCGACGCCAUCGCCGAGGUCGACCUCUACAAGCUCGAGCCCUGGGACCUGCCCGCCCGCUCCCGCCUCCGCUCCCGCGACUCCCAGUGGUACUUCUUCAGCCGCCUCGACCGCAAGCACGCCAACCGCGCCCGCACCAACCGCGCCACGUCGGGAGGGUACUGGAAGACCACCGGCAAGGACAGGGAGGUGCGCCAUGGGCCCAGGGUCGUCGGGAUGAAGAAGACGCUCGUCUUCCACGCCGGACGCGCCCCCAAGGGCGAGCGCACCAACUGGGUCAUGCACGAGUACCGCCUCGAGGGCGACGACGCCGCGGGGAUACCGCAGGACUCGUUUGUGGUGUGCCGGAUCUUCCAGAAAGCUGGCCCAGGUCCUCAGAAUGGGGCACAGUAUGGAGCGCCCUUCGUUGAGGAGGAAUGGGAGGAGGAUGACGCAGAUGUCGGUUUGCUUCCAGUGGAGGGUGAUGCUGCUGUUGACCCUGAGGGUUUCGGUGAUCAAAAUGGAAAUGGUACACCUAGUUUGCCAGUUUCUGACACUUCAAAUAAUAGCAACCAUUCUGAAGAUGUAGAUGGAAAUUCUGGGGACAUUUUAAGUGACCCAAACCUUGGCGCUAAUUUUCUUCAGUAUGUUGAACCAGGGGAGCAAAAUAGUUUAAUGCUUAAUGGGAAUAUCAUAUCAAAUGCCAAUGCUGGAGAUUUUUUAAAUAAUUCCAGCCCCAGUGAUGGGUUCCUAGAGCUGAAGGAUUUUGCAGAUGCUGCAAAUCUGGAUUUCCCUUUUGGCAAUGGAUCAACCAUCUGGCCUUCGGAUGGUUGGGCUUGGAAAACACCUGAUUCAGCGGAAGCUGUAAAUGGAGUCAACGAUGAGAUACCUCCACUCCCUGAUGACCAGACUUUCCAGCCAGAUGAGCUGGAACAACUGUUGCAGUCAAUACAAGAAGAUUCCCGUUUGGGCUCAAGUAUCAUUGACCCCUCACAUUCUUCUGUGACAAAUUCAGUUCUGCCUGAGGACGAUUCUUUGAUGUUCUAUGAUGCACCCUUCGAUUCCACCAUGUGUGAUGACGGGUUUGGACAGAAUGGAAUUCUUGGCUCUGCAGCAACCAAUCUAUCUGGCGUUGGCAUGGUGGAUGAUGGUAUGCAAUACUUGAUGCAAUGGAUGAUAAUUUGUUUAAUGAUAUUCUGGGAUCCAUACAGCAGCCAGCUGGUAGCAGUUCCUAUUUUAAUGGCCCAGUCCUUACCCAAGAGGUUACCUGAAGCUGGUAGUCAGUUAAAUUGUGUUGUUUUACCAGAUGGUCAGGCUAAGAGUAGUACUAUCGGAAAGGGAUUUGUAAAGAUUUUGGAUUCGAUCUCCGCUCCCCCAGCUUUUGCAGGAGAAUUCCCAGCUAACCACCGCAAAUCCUUGGCUCAUAUUUCUGGAGCACGUCCCAACACACUCCAUGUUUCUGCUGAAGUGAUCCGCAUAGGAAGUUUAGCUGUUCCUUCUGGCGCAGACAAGUGGGCUCUGCAAAAGGAUCAAGGCAUGGAGCUGCUAUUCUCUGCAGAUUUUGAGCCUGAUACCCGUAUACACUGUGGCUGCAACACCAUUACCGCGGUGCUGCGUGGUGGCUUCUGCCUUUUCUUCGUUUCGGCAAUAAUGCUCUUAGUGAGCUACGAGGUGGGCAUGUGCAUCUAUGGCAAGUAG